AUGAACAGCACGACGCAGGAAGGCGACCCUGCCGAAACCUACUCGUUCACCAUCGUGAACCAGUCCGGUGUCAGCCAGAGCUACGCGAUAUUCUGCAAAGAACCAGCUGUCAAUCCCCCCGCCCAUGGACUCGUCUCGCACGCUGUUCUCGUUGCACAUGGAGUUGCAUCUGGGUCUGGCACAGCAUUUCUUACCCUGCCUCGCACCGAGCUCUACGCUCUCUGCGGCAUAAAUUACAAGGAUGCAUCUGUACAAGUUCGUGUCUUAGAUCGGCGUCCAGUUUCCCUGGGAACAGGCUCAUCCCACACACUGCGCCAUGGCACGACCUGCGUGACUCAAGUGACUUCAGCCACGCCGUCCUUCGCCCUAUGGGGCGGACCAGCAGAUGAUCGUGGAGAGGUUGGCGCGUUCUGCAUCGAGACCGGAGCGGAUUUCACGUAUGAGCAAGCUGCCGCCAAAAACUUUAUCCUCGGCCUCGGCCUCAGCUCCUCCGCACACGAACUUGUGGGUCUCUACGCUUCCUUCACUCCAGUUCCGCGGACAACAUAUCAGAUCAGGCCUAGCAAAACGUUCUACGUUGUGCCUGAACAAACGGAAGUUAAUGCCCCCAGGACUGCUACGGAUCUUCGAACUGCGUAUGAAAUUGACUUUACUAUGCGCCUGCCACAUGUUCAGCUUGUACAUAAUGAGGGCAACGUGAUCGAGAUAGUGGACCGGGAUCCUACCCCCGGGUCUGCUACUCCUUCGAAACUCUGA